AUGGUUUGCAAGCAAAGGACGCGGGAAAACCUACACUCUGCCCAGGUUGAUGACUUCCUUCAAACCGGUAACGGCGUUAUUCUUGACAACAGCAAUAGGCGUGUUGAUCUUCAGCUGACCCUCAACGACGUCGACACCGACAACGAUGGGGGUGGCGAGAUCAGACUCGACCUCGUCGAUGAUGUCGUCCUCGUCAUCGUCAGGGCCAACAACCAUCAUACGAGAACCGGCAAUGGCACCCUCAAGACCAGGGGCACUGAUCUUGACACCCAAGGCGGCCUUGACCUCCUUGUUGUGUACAUACGCCGACUUGAGACGCAGUUCACGCAUCGGCGCCGGCGUCAACAAGGCACGGAUGUUUGUGCAGAUGGCACCUUCCACACCACACAAGACGAUCCUGUCACCCUCACGCAGGAUACCGUUCGACAAGACAACGUCGACGGUCAUGCCGAAACCCUCGAUGGCCUUGACCUCGAGAACGGUAGCCUGGACCUCGGAAAGGUACAUGAGGGAUCCGACCAUGCGCUCCUGGGUGAGCUGGAUGAUGAGCUUCAGCAUGUCGGGGAUACCCUCACCAGUGUGGGCGGAGGUGGGGAUGAGGGAAACGUUCUUCGCCAUGGACUUGUUCUCGUAGAAAAGCUCGGCGUUGAAGCCCUGCUCGGCAAAGGCAAGCUUGGUCUGCUCCAGACGGUUCUUGAACUCGUUCUGGACACCUCUGGGCUGCAGGGCCAAACUCUCCUGGAAACCGUUGUUGUCGACCUUCUUCCAGCCGUACAGACGAUCGAUUUUGUUGAGAGCAACAACGAAGGGAGUCUUCCUCUCACGGAGCAUUCUCAUCGACUCCAAGGUCUGCGGCUCGAGGCCGUGCAUGAUAUCGACAACAAGAAUGGCGAUGUUGCAGAGGGUAUCGAUGACCAACAGACCUGGGACCUUGAACUCAAACGAGCCGUCAGUGUUGACAACGGCCGUCUUCUGCCUGAUAGCCUCGACAGGGAAGUAGGUAGCACCAAUCUGUUGAGUAAUACCACCGGCUUCGCCCUCUUGCACGUUGGUUUGACGGAUCUUGUCCAGAAGCUUGGUCUUUCCGGUAUCGACGUGGCCCAGAAUACAGCAAAUGGGCGAUCGGAGGUUGUCCUUGGAUCUCGCUGCCAGCGCGGCCUGGUGAGCCUUCUCGCGACGCUCUGCGGCCUCCCUCUUGCGUUGAAGCUCGGCUUGGCGAGCCGCCGUCUCCUUCUCAUCUUCUUCAGAGUCGUCGGAUUCGGAGUCGGAUUCGGAGUCGUCCUCCUCGUCCUCGUCCUCAUCGCCCUUCCGGGCGGGCUUCUCGGGCUUGCCGUUGGCAGCCUUCUUCUUCUCUUGCUCUUCGUCGCUGUCGGCGUCCCAGCUGUCCUUGACGUCCUCCUCCUCGGAGGCGGCGGCAGCCUCCCAGUCGUCCUCCAGGUCGCUGGCUUCAGCGGCCUUCUUCUUGGCGGCAGCAGCUUCGGCCUCGGCCUUUUCCUUGACUGCCUUCUCCUCCGCCUCCUUGUGGAGACGCUCGGCCUCCUUCCUGGCGCGCUCGGCAGCCUCGGCAAGGGCCUUCUCUUCAUCGAUCUGCAGACCAGGUGUUUAGUUUGGGGGAACUAUGGAAAGACAAACGCAUGCGUAGCUCACCUUGUCUUGCGCCUUGCGGCCUCCCUUCUUCUUGUUGUCGUAGACGACCUUCUUCUUCUUGUCGCCAUCGGCCUCGUCGGCGGGACCGACCUUGAUACCGGCAGCAAGCAUCUGCUGGAGCUUACGCUCGUUGCGAGCCUUCUCCUCCUUUUGGGCCUUGGUCAAGAACUUGCCCUCCUUCUUGAGCUGUUCAAUCUUCUCCUUCUCCUUCUGCUUCUUCAGAGCCUUGGCCUCCUCUCUGCGCUUGUUCUCCUCUUCCAUGGCGCGCUCCUCCUCCUCGAUUCUCUUCUUCUCCUCCUCGGCCAUGCGAGCCUGCUCUUCUUGCUGGCGGCGGAGCUCCUCCUGCUGCUUCUGGAGUGCAGCAAGGGCAGCAGGAACCUUCUUCUUCUUACCACCCUUCUCCUCAGCGGGUGGGGGAGCGACGGCAGAAGCGGCGGGCGUCGGGGAGUCCUUCUUCUCGGGAGCUGCUUUGGCAGGUUCCGUCUUUGCGGCAGGGGUGGUGCCCUUCUUCUUCGCAGCCUGUGCAAAACAAUAUUAACAAAGACUCACCUGCUCCUUCUUGCGCUGCUUCUCCCUCUCCUUCUUCAACUUCUCCUUCUCGGCCUUGGUCAAGACGCGGCCGGAACCAUCCCCCUCAUCGUCGGCAGCGGGGGAUGCGGCGGCGGCGGCCUGCUUGCCCUUACCACCUUUACCCUUCUUCUCGGGCAGGGCGAACUCGUCCUCCAUGGUGGCUUCCUGAGGGGCCUUCUCAGCGAGACUGGGCGAAGGUUCGGGCUCGGGCUCGGGUGCGGCGGGGGGCUCCUCGAUGCCCUUCUUCUUUCUCUUCUCUCUGUUCUUGCGCAUGGUGGCCAUGAGACCGCCGGGGGCUUCAUCCUCCUCCUCGGCUGGCUUUUCGGCAUCAGCCUCUGGGGUGGCGGCGGCGGGGGCAACGGUCUCGCCAAGCUCAUUCUCCCAGUCGUCGUUGGCGCGAGCCUUGUUUCCCUUCUUCUUGGGAGGCAUUUUGGCGGUAUUCGACGUUCGAGUACUGUGGACGAGUCGAGUAGAUUCUUGGCUAAGCAGCUGGGCCCGGUGCAAAAAAGUUGCUGGGUGUGGGCGAUAUCAAGCAGAGAGUGA